AUGAUAACGGAUGCCAAAAGAGACUUUCUCGAUGAUCCAAAUCCGAUUUAUUUAUAUUCCGACGGAGAGAUGACACAAUUUGAAGAAGUCGCUGGAACUUGCUCAAACAAAGAUAAUCACGAUGAACUUUGUCUAACAGUACGAAGCAUUACCAUCGGAACGAUUUCCGUCGUUGGAAUCGCCAUUCUUCAUCAAUGGACAAAGUACACCUACAGUUACACAUACAUCAGCCCGAUUUUAAGUAUCAUUUUAUCGUACCCAUUGGGUCAUUUAUGGACGUGGAUUGUUCCGAAUGCACAGAAAUUUACUCAGAAGGAACACGGAUUGAUACUAAUCAUGACGAAUAUCGCUUGGAUGUAUUUUUCGGUGUUUAAUUACGCGACAUCGGCAACGUUGCCGUUGUUAGAAUAUGACCAACGAAAUUUUGCCAAUUAUUUUUUUCUUGUCGUUGCACUUCAGUUCAUCGGCUUUGGACUUGCAGGUAUUAUGCGACGAUUUUUAGUUUGGCCAACAGAAAUUAUCUGGCCACAAAAUUUACCAUUGAUCGCGACCUUACGUACAUUACACGAACAUCAAUUACCGGUGAUAAAUUAUUAUAAUGAAACUCAACUGAUACGAAAAAUAAAGAAAUUCUUCUUAGAAAAGAAAGUCCAUUUUUUCAUUUUAGUAACAAUUCUCGCAUUUAUUUACGAAUGGUUUCCGCUCUAUAUUGUCUCUGCUCUAUCUGUAUUCUCUUGGGCAUGUCUGUUCAAUCAAUCGAAUUAUCUUCUCGCGCAGUUAACCGCUGUCCGUGGCCUCGCCUUGUUUGGAAGUGGGUUAACUUUAGAUUGGUCUCAAAUCACAAUGUAUCUCGGUUCACCAUUGAUCCUUCCUCGAUGGGCAAUUGUGAAUAUUUCGUUUGGUUUUGCUUUGAUUAUUUGGUUUAUUGUUCCGAUUGUCUAUGGAUUCAAUGUCCGAAAUGUCAAAGACAGUCCCAUCGGUGGAAUGAUGUUUCUCGGGAUAACAUCAAUGGGUUUAGUCACUGUUUUUACAUCGUUCGCUUGUCUUUCAUCCGUCUUUGUUCAUAUGAUACUCUAUCAUUCGGCUGAUCUUUGGAAACAAUUUCGAACGAAAAGUUUAGAUAAUAUGGGAAAUGAUACUCACGCACGAUUGAUGUCUUUGUAUAAAAAAGUACCGGAUUGGUGGUACUUCAUCCUCUUUUGUAUUUCGUUGAUAAUCAUUUGUGUGAUCUGUGAUCGUAACAAUUGGUUGAAUUGGUAUUUAGUUUUGUUGACUUUGUUUAUCAAUGCAUGUCUUGUUCUUCCAUUUGGUCUUCUAUCAUCGAUAACAGGUCAAUUUCUUCAAAAUGCUCCGGUUUAUUACCUAAGUGUGAUCAUCGCUCAAGGUUUGACAUUGGGACAAGAAUCUCGAGAAAGUUAUACAUACAUCACGAUUGGUUAUGUUCUAUUUGUUCAGAGUCUUUCAUUGAUUCAGGAUAUGAAAUUGGGACAUUAUUUGAAAAUUCCACAUCGGUCACUGUUUUUUGCCCAAUGCCUUUCCAGUCUGGUUUGUUCGUCGGUUAGUAUUGGAAUUCAGUACAUGUAUUACAAUCAAUAUGGCAUGAAUAAUGAAUUUGACUCGAGUUUUUCGAUAUUUGAUUAUACGCUACUGGGAGGAAGCAUUUAUACGGAUAAAAAUGGAUUCUUCUCCGAUGCGAAUGCAGAAAAUCGAAAAUUAUUAUGGGGAUUUCUAGUAGGCGCAAUUUUACCAAUUCCUACUUGGAUUUUAUCGACACGUUUUACUUGUUUGAAACAUUUUCAUUGGCCAUUGAUUUUAGUCACUGUUAGUUGGAUGCCCUCUCUUCUCUCAGCAGGUGCGCUUUGCACUUGGACUCUUAUUGGUCUGUCAGUUUGCUUGACCGUCGGAAAAUACUCCUUCCUUCAACGACAUAUUUAUUUAACUUCUGCAGCUUUAGAUUUAGGUUUAAAUUUAACACAAAUUAUCAUAAGUAAUGCAUUUAUCAAUGUAGAACGUUUGUUUCCAUCGUGGAGAGGAACGCAGGAUAACAAUGGAUAUGACACCUGUACAUUGGCUUUAACAUCGAAUAAAUAG